UUUCAUUUUAAGCUAAUUUAUACGAAUUUGUUUAUAUUUCAGGAAAUUUCCGAAACCAAAAUAUGCAGACAGACCGAAAUCUCCGAGAUAGACGACCGACUGAAAGAACACUACGAACAGCAGCUGACCGAUACUUUGAAAGAACUUCGGGAACAGUACGAAGUUCAAAUGAAAGUAAACAGAGAGGAAAUUGAAAAUUUAUACGAAACAAAGAUGACAGAUCUGCAGAAGUUAGUGGAUCAGUACACUAAUAGUUCUCAUAACGUUCGCGAUGAACUGAGAACCUUCAAGACCCGUGCAGAGUCGCUCACUUCAAAAUUGGCAGAUUUGGAAACGCAGAAUGCCUCGUUGCAAAGUAGAGUCAGAGACCUGGAACGUCUUCUGGAACAAGAACGAGAGUGGCAUCAGGCAGCUCUACAGGCAAAAGAGGAAGAACUGAAAGUGCUGAGAGAACAGAUGGAGCGUCAGCUGCAAGAAUAUCAGGAUCUGUUAGACAUCAAGGUUGCUUUGGACUUGGAAAUUGCUGCUUACAGAAAACUUCUGGAAGGUGAAGAAUCAAGAUUAAACAUUUCGGUUACCAAAAGUCCCAAUAUAUCCGAAGUCGUAGCUCAGAGCCGCAGCACGCCUGUCAGACGAACACCGAUGCGGGGCACGAAACGUAAGCGCACCAUAAUGAGUCAGUGCGAGCACAAGAGUUCUAGUGACCAUCAGGUUUCCGCAUCGGCAAAGGGCGAUGUUGAAAUAUUCGAGCAUGACAUGGAGGGAAAAUAUGUGAAAUUAUUCAAUAAAGGAAACAAAGAAGUUCCAAUCGGUGGAUGGCAGAUCAUUCGUCACGCUGGCGACAAAGAGACUAAUUUUAAAUUCCACAGAAGCAUUGUCAUCAAACCUAAUACAUACGUUACAGUCUGGAGUGCAGAAAGUGGUGCCAGUCAUAACCCACCUUCUGAUAUCGUCAUGAAAGGUCAGACAUGGUUUGUUGGAGAAGACAUGAUCACUACUCUAAUGAAUAAUAAUGGAGAGGAAAUGGCCAUUAGGCAAACAAUGAAGAAGGUGCACAGUUCUAUUGCUGAAAGAACAAUGGAAUCCGGUUCCGUAUUCGAUCAGCAAAUUCACGUCACAGGAGAAGAUAUAUAUCAUCAACAGGGCGAUCCAAACAACCCACAAGAACGGUGUAGCAUCAUGUGAUCAGCCAGUUUGUUACGCAUAUUCCGAUGGUUUCCUCCUCAGUGAGAAGGAGCUUAUCUACACAUCAUACAGUUUCCUGUCAGAUGUUUUUACUAGCAGUGCAACAUUACUGGUGAAUUCUGUCAAACGAGAAAUCUCAUAAAUUACUUCCUCGUGACACGCGUCAUACUUAUUUUUGUCCCGACGCCCCCCUCGUUCAUUUUCGUCCUCCUGUUCUCUUAACUCCGACAUAACUAUGGCAGGUAAAAUUAUUAUCGAUUCAAAAUUCAUUUUAUUUAGUCAUUAAAUUUCAUCAGGAAAUUACUGCCUGUCUUAGUUUUGGUCGAGACUAGCAAAACAGAUGUUUUAAAAAUGAAACCAGGUAGAGAAAACACAGGAUAAAAUAAAAACACAAAAAAAAUUGUUAAUAUUUUUAGUGUAGAAACUGUAAAUGUAAUUUUAUUAUUAUUUUUUAUAUAUAAUAAUUUGAGUGAGUUAAUUUACUUGUUUUUUGCCAUUGGAUCUGUUGUUUUCUUUGUACAAAUUAAUUAUUUUGAUUUAGAUUUUUAUGACGAUUACACAUUUUUCUAAAUUAAUUAUGUUAAAAUUUUCCAUCAUCACGAGCCCUCGAGUCGUUCAUAUAUUUUUGUAAUAUUUAUCCGGGCCGACAUUUGGUCUUCGUGAUCUGCGGCGAAAUUUCCAGUUCCACCGGGUGCUCGAAAUUGUUGCCGUCAGAGCGACAGUGUGCCAUUCUCAUCUGUAUUUCGAUUAUUGUCUUAAAAUGUGUCUUGUAUUCAUCCCAGACAUUUUAAUAAGUUUUCACCAGUAAACACUGCGUUAAAAAAAUUCAUUUUAUUUCAAAAUCAUCAAUUGUACUUCAAUGUUAUGGAAUAAAGCUUUUUAA